CAUUCUCCAACCCCAAAUCAAGUUCUGAAGUAAAAACCAAAUCAAUCCACCAAAGAUGGCAGCAUUGAAGAACGCUCUUCUCAGCCUCUCCAAGUCGUCGGAGCUCUCCCAAUCCCUCCCCCUCCGCCCCACCGUCUCCCGAGUCUGCUUCGCCACCGCCGCCGCCUCCAGACACCAACAGGGCCGAAACAUGGCCGGCCGCAAAGAGUACAGCCCCUACAACGACGAGGAGCCGCGGGACGAGGUGAGGGAGACCAUGGACAAGGCCAAGGAAAAGACCCGAGAGAUGAAGGACAGAGCUAAGGAGACCGCCGACUCAGUGAACGACAAAACCAAGGAAAACCUGGGAUCCAUGGCGGAUAAGGCUUACGAGAUGAGGGAAAAGACUGCCGACGCUGCAGGAAACGACGAGGCGACGGACAAGGUGAAGGGCGCCGCGGAGACGGUGGCGGACAAGACAAAAGAGUACGCGCAGGGGGCCAAGGAGAAAGUGGCGGAUGCGGGCAAGGGCGCGUGGGGGGCGGCCAAGGACACCACGAAGAAGAUCAAGGAGACGGUGGUGGGGAAGUCGGAGGACGAUGAUUAUAUAGAGGAUCACGUGAAGAAGCCGGCCCGGGAGCACCGGGGUGAGAAGGUCAUGGACGAGGAUGUGGUGGACGCGAGGCGGCGUCGCGCGGACGAACACGACCGUGGAAAGCUUUGA